CUUCUAGCCCAAACCUUUCCCGAUAGCCCUCUGCUGGGCUCCAGGAAACUCAAGAUGGAGCAGCUUCUUGCUAGAAUUAGAACAGCAGUGAAUGGGAGAAACGACAGGGGCAUACCCGAGCCUUUCUCAGUUGACUACCAGAUCAUGAGUCGGGCAGUGCUAGAGGACCAGGCAUCUGGCAACCUUCAGACCUUCAGUCCUCUCUGUGUCAUGUCCGGCAGUGGUCAACACGAACUGGCUUUGAAGGAGAAGGCCUUACAUGUUGGAUCUUUUGUGUUUGAGUACGACCAGCACUACCUUGACUUCCUAGAAUUGUUUUUCUCGUCCAUUGCAAACCAUUCAACUGCUUCAUCCAAACCAGGACACUCACUGGAGCUAUUUCCUCGGAACAUUACUCAUGGACGACAGAACACUACUACCAGUUCAUUCCACCAUGUCUCUGUCCUGUCACAGCCAUUUAGUCAGAGGGAGAACUUACAGGACCUGCAGGCCUUGGUGACUUACUUCUAUGAAUGGUCUCAGAGAAAUGACUCUAGGACACUGGAUACUAGCCACGAUAGAGAGCAAAAGAAUGAUACAGGACAUCCUCCAAUGAGAAUAGAGUUGUCUCUCUCGUUCCUAAUGUACUGUCUGAAGUUAGAGGAAGAGAAGCACGAGCAGAGAUUCAAUGGACAUCUACUUCACCAUCGUCACCGGAAAUAGUCACUAAAGACACAAAUGAAGGAACCAUCACUACAGUUACUGAUGAAACCAUUUCACCAUGUCUGCAGCAACGACUGCACUUGAGGACAACUCCUCUCUAACUACUGUCACUUCCGCACCAGACAGUGUGAAUAUUACUGUGACUGGUGAACUUUCCAUGACCACCAUCACUCCUCUACCAGACGAAGCCUGUGUGUCUUCUUCUGAGACCACAGUACCUGCUGACACAGACUCUACCAUUCUCUCUGACUCUACACUGCAUGCAGAAGACCUGGGUAUCCCCGAUGGAGCCAAACAUCUUGGUCUACACCCACUUCCUUUACUACAUUUGCCAAAUGAUGUGACCCUGCCUCAAGAAAAGGAUGGACAACCUGGACCAGCUAUAUCAGGGUCCACGCUCUCUCUCAGCUCUACCAUAGCUGUGGAUGAUCUGACAGUGACCGAGGGUGUCACUUUUGCCAGCUGUGGUCAACUGAUGUCUGACUUGGACCUCACCGAUUGUCAAUCGACAGGGGAAGUCCCCUCAUUACUAACAUUCAGUGUUGGUGAGUUUGGUUCAGGAUUGACUCCUCGCUCCUGUGCCGAUGUGCUACCUCUAUCUCACCCAGCUCCACUGGUCCCACAAGGUCGUGAAGGUGUUAGGACCAACCAGCCUCUUCUACAACCACAGCUGUUGGAAUAUUUGCCAGUUGACACGCAGGAGAGAGAACCCACAGUGAAAGAUUCACAGAUUGAAAACCAACGUGACCACCCCACUACCCACCAACCAGCUCCAAUAGAGCAUCAUGAUGUCCAAGGUGAUGAUGGGCUAACCACAACAGCAAAGACCCAUCAAGAUAUCCCAGAAUGUAGGCCUUCUACAACAGCACAGAUUGAUGAUGUUCAAAAACACCAUAAAGUCUCAGACUACGGACCAGCACACUCUGAUGAUGUUCCUGAACCAUGUAACACAGCAGAGACUAUGAAAAACAAUUCUGAGAAGGAGAGUAACCAAGGGAAAGAGAUGGAAGAAAGCGUAGAACAAACUGAUGGGAGAGAGAUUGAUGAACGUCUUGAUGUUCCAAGUGGAAUUGUUGGUGAUCGCAUUAGUCCAAAAAGAAAUAUUGCUGAGUUGACUUUCGGCGAUGACAAUCCCACUGAAUUGAAGAGUGGUGACGAGAGGGAUAGUGAGAGUGAACAACAGGGACCAGUGCCAGUGUGCAGUGAAAAACAAAAUGGAGUAGAAGAUGAAGGUGGUUGUGAAAAAGAAAGAGAAAUUGGAGACCACCGAGGUGGAAUAGGGAAAGAUAACACUACAGGAGGAGGAGGAAAAGAGGCAGUAGGGGUUAUUGGUGGUGAUGCCACUGUCAAUAUAGGUAAGCUAAAAAGGAAGGAGCACCAUGAUCCUGUGGUGGAAAUGCACCCUACCAGUGAAAGUUCUGAAAUGGGAGAAAGAGGAGCAUCAUUGGAUGCUGAUUCACCAACUAUCCAGUCAACAUCAGAGAAUAUUAGCAGGGACCAGAAAAAAGAACUGGGAAAAAUUGUCAGAUCUGAAUUAAAGAGAUUCUUCAAGGAACAGCACCAGCAGCUGAUGGAUAUGUUGGUUGACAGUAGUGACGUCAUAGAGAACAAGACCCCUGAAAACAAAACCAACCCUUGCAAUACUGUUUCUAGCCAAGUUGCAUCAGUCAAGUCUCCAGACUCUGAACACACAAGACAUUGCUGGAGUUCCAGUGGUCAUCUCUCUAUGAGACACCUCCAGAGACCUCAGCUCCCUCUCCUUCUCCCCACAGAGCCUCUUAGACGGCCUCAGCUCACUCACUCCUCCCAGUCCCAGACAAUCCACUCCCAACAUAUCAGUGGAGACCAGUGGACUCAGAACCUUGUACCAGGACUCCCUCUACUGCAGUUACAUACAGGCAAUGCCACUGGCAGUCCUGCAUGUCAACUACCACAGCUUCCUUCACCUCCAGUGCACUGCAGGGAACCUGGUACCUUUCCCCUCCCACUACUGACUCUGGACCACACUGGACCAGAGGACCCUCUGCUGCCAAAACUCCAACACAUACCAGUCUCACUGACUAUUUUGUCACAGGCACCUUUCUCUCAGCAUAUCGUACCACUGCUCCAGAUUCCUCAUCCAAAUCCUACGUCAGUGUGCCAGACAGACACACAUAACACGUGUUUCCAUCUUUUUCCUACUUUGAGACUGCCUCCCCCUCCAACCAGUGCUGGGAGGACACCAGAUCUGCCUCUCUUGCUGCCAACACAACAGACUACACCACCACAUCCUUCUCUCAUUACACUCCCAUCACCACCAGUACUACCACUGGAUAAACUGCUGUCUGUAAAUCUAGUGGUCAAAGGCUUUGCAGAUGGCCAAGAAACCAAGACUAGCAGUAUGAAGUUGCAGCAAGAUAUUGUAGACACUGAAAAGCAACCUGUUUUGCCUGUGAACAAAGAGGACCAAAGUGAAGAAAACAUUCUUAAGACUCCAACUGAAAACAGGAAAGAACAAACUACCAAAGAACAACACCAGCGGCGAACAGCCCCAACCUUAGACCACCACGAAACAGACUGUAAUCCAUUGCCUGAAUCACUACCACAUCCCCCAAGACCCUCGCUCCACCCUACACCACUCUCCCACACCACACAGAGGGCCAGGGCACCUGGGUCCCCCUUUUUAACCUCUGUCCCUGACACUGUCACACAAACUGCCCUUGGUGAGGAUGUUCCUCAAUCAGAGGACACCAAUAGCCAGCAGCUCACUCCAAACAGUGCGGUUACAAGUAGUGAAAAUGAUGGUGACUCACUUGAUGGGCUCAAUCGACAAACAGGCAAUAACUCACCAGAAAUUCUCAUCUCCCAACCACCAAUAGCUGCACCUAGUAAUGACGAAACCACCAAUGAUGGGGGUUUCCCCAUCUUGUCAACAGAUAACUAUGGGACAUUAGUGAGUGAAAGAGGUGCAACAAAUGAAGAAGGUGAAGAUAAGGCCAGGGAAAGUCCAAUAUACGAGGAACAAAGAACCAAUGAAGAAACAGGAGAUAGGCGAACCGGGGUAUAUGAAAUGGUUCAAAAUCAAAAGUCUACUCUGGAAGAGGAGGAAGAGGAAACAAGGGAAGAUGACGAAAAAGAGACGAAAGACGGAGAGAAUGAGAGCAGGACGACAUCCAUGGCCAACAGGGAGGUGCUGCGUCGACUGAGGCAGCUGGAGACCCAACUGACAGCCAUUGAGACCAGGGCCCGGACUGUGGAGGGGGAGCUGCUUAUCUCCAACCAGCUCAUCGGAACUAUUGAGGAGCUACAGGCAGUGCACAAGAACAGAACACCUACUAGCACUGCCCCGCGGACUGGGAACCCAGUUAAACAACAGUCCUCUGUGCCCCUCUACUCUACCACCUCAUCCCCUAGUCCUCCUCAAGCCACCACCACAAGUCCUCUCCCCACUGCUAGUACCACUCCUCCCCCUACCUCCACCACAACCUCUACUGCUGUUAGCAGUCAUGUCCCUGUCCUCACUCUUUCUGCUACUGUAUCAGGAACAGAACAAAACAUUAUUCAACUAAAUAAGAAAAGUGAUGUGUGUUCCAGCUCCCUGCCUCUCUCUGGGAGAUGCAGCAAGCAGACUCUCAGGAAGUGGGUCACUGCCAAGAGAAGGGAAAAGUGUAGCAUUUCCCCUCAACCACAGAGCAGCCAUAAGACUACUGGCAUGGUGGCUGCCUGCCCAACUCCGUUCUCCAAUAACCAGAUGGUCCGUCAGUCCAUAGUUAAGCAAGAUCUGGCAAGGACUCAGUCUCGGGAGCAUAAGAACAGAAGAAUCGAUGAUGCCCUCACUCUAAUGGAAGACAUUCUCUCAGCAGAGCCACCUUCUCCCUCCCUCCACCCCACCACAGACCACCGCAGAACCACCUCCAAACUCUCGUCCAGUAAAAAAGGCUAUAGUGAUGGUGGACCUGUCAUGAGACGGACCAUUGCAGGCACUCCUACUAACCAUACUCCCAAGCCCAUGGCGAGGCAGUUGGGGACAAGGAACUGGUCCAGUAUGGAAAGUCUGACUCCACAGGAACAGCUCAAGAUGGCAGAUAUCAUGGCAUCGACUGAGCUAUCCAGUGUAUCUUCUGGCAGUGUUGCCUCCAGAAUUGACUGGGAACUGGUGGACCAACUCAUUGACAACUGAAUACCACAACAAAACUGUAUACUAGCUCUUUUAUUGUAUGCUACUCCCCAACACUGUGUAGCCGAAAAUAAGGCAACAUUCAAACAGUACGUAUAGUUAUAAUGCAAAGACAGAGGGAUUGGGGUGCGCCAUACGCAUGACAUUGCUAUUUUCAUAUAUGCCAGAUUAAUUGCUUUUCAUUAAUACAGUGUUGUUUGUCUUGGAUGCAUUUAUUAAUUUGAUGUGCACUGCCCUGUGUUGACACCCUUGUUUGACAUCCCAGAUACCUGAACUUAUCACCAAAAUUGUUAUACAGUUUGUAUUAAGAGUUUUGCUUUCACAACUAACUUUGCAUUAAGUAAUUGCUGUAUAAUUUAUAGGUCCUAUGUGAAGUAGCAAACUCAUAUCCAGUUGUCAAACAUUCUUUUGCAAGGUUAGGUUGUAUAUGCUGCAAAUACGUUAGAGGGUAAGGAAAGUGCAGGACACAAAGGCUCAAGGG